AGUUGCAGCAGCAGCAGCAACUGGGGGAGGAGCAACUGGGGGAGGAGUUCAGGGCGGAUCCCGCGGAGAGAUCAGCCGCCGGUUUCAGGAACGCGGAGAAGGAGCCGGGUCGGCGAGGCGCUGGACGUCCUCCUCGGGGUUGGCACCACCACCACCGCCGCCGCCCGGGCAUGAGGAUGACGGUCGCUGCGGCGGGGGACGGGGGCUCCCCCGAUCCAGGCCCCGCGGCGGUGUCGCUGGGUCUCAGUGUGGCCGUGGUCUCCAGCCUGGUGAAUGGAUCCACGUUUGUGCUGCAAAAGAAAGGGAUCGUGCGCGCUAGAGGACGAGGUAGGGGGCGGGCAUUUUUUUGGGGGGGGACACACACCUCCUACGGGCCUUUUCGCCCCGAUCCCUCUUCCUGGACUACGGUUGUGGGUCGGUUAUUCUUUGCACCCAGGUCCACCUCCUCCCCUCCAGUGUGGAGGUGGGGGGGCGCACCCCAUGCUUCAAAAGACAUCCUCGCCAGCCCCUGUGUUCCUGCCUAGCACCCCACUGCUAUUCAGGGGUUCAAUGAUUUCCCUGCUAUCCGAUCCUAUCUCCUCCAACAGGCAUCAUGUUCGUUGCUUCCUAUGCUCCAUCACACCUAGGAGUUGGGUGUUGGAGGGGGGGGUGCGGCUGUGUGUGGGCACGAAUGUGACGGGGGGGCGGGGGGGGAGAUUUCUGUCCAAUGCAGUAGCACUACUCCUUGUCUGCACUUGAAGAAGAGCAUCUUUGGAGCCUGUGGGCAGGUUCAUGGCCGCUGCAGGCAGUGCCUGAAUUUAACCUCGUCGGCUGCCCAGCCCCUCCAUCUACAGUCUUUGCAACUCUUCCCCGUGGGCUGGGGCGACCCUUUGAGUCCAAAUCAGGUUUCUCUUCCAAAAGGAAACUGCUGUGUUGUCAAAGUCGCCGUUUGAAAGUUUUAUUUUUGUUUUUUAAACUCUGUGAGUUAUGGAUCCAGGGGAUUUACUCCACAGAGGAGUUUAAAGCUUUAUCCUCCAGAAAGUGACAAUGUUUAGUAAAGAAGCUAAAUGUCAGGAGCAGUGGGGAGGAAGUUGUAACCCUGAGGUCCUGCAACUUGCUUAGGCAUUAAGUGUUUAUGAUUUCCUUUUUUUUCCAUACUUUAUGAAGUGGGGGAGGACUGAUCUCCCCCACUGGACUUGCAAACAAUUUGAAUGAUCAUGAAUGCAAUGUAUGAACGCUGAAGAAAAUCCACAGGUGUCUCAGAGGUUGUUAUUCAGAGAAGUACUUUUAGAAUUUCCAGUGGGAUCUCUCUCUCUCUCUCUCUCUCUCUCUCUCACACACACACACACAUCCCACAGGACCAUAUAGUAUAUUCAAAACUGCUUUUGAACAUCCCUUCCAUUUUAAGAGUGUUUUCCCAUGUGGCAUGUACAGGCUGCCACAGUUUGAAAAAUGGGCACACACCCCACACCCCCGUGGGAGAACGUAACUAGUUGCUUCAUUCUUUGGAUUGUUGCCGUGAUAAUUAGUUCUCCUACAAGUAUAAUGAGCAUAAAACUCCUCAGACCAGACUUGAAGAGCACAACUCUUUGCAAAUAGCAUGCAAUUUUUGUGUAACUUAGAUCCAGUCAUCCAGUGGUUGCUGUAUUUUCUCGUGGGAGCACCUGAGGUGAGCAGAAACAAUAUCCUCAAAUCAGACACAGGCAGGAGGAUGAUACUGGCACAUGGCAUUUCUAAUAUGUAAGCUGUUCCAUUCCAGAAACUAGGCCUGAAUGGGCAUUGUUGCCCUCAGUCUGCCCCCGGACCUGUUACAAAACCAUCCGAUUCUGCUACCUAAACAAGACCUUGCUGUAAGACAACAUAGGAAAUUUCCCUGGUUUCCUGACUGGCAGCAGCUUGUCAUCUGUUAUAUAAAGUUUAUUUGGGUGUUUGUGAUGAAUAACUUUAGCGCAAGGGCAGAAAGAAGAAUUACCAGGAUGACUGGCAGCUCACAGAACAAAUUAGACAAAGUAACUCACAUGUUUCAAACUAUCAUGUAUAAUAUGUCCAGUUUAAAAACAAUAUUGCUCUCUUUUUAUAUUAAUAGCAUGUUAGCGACUGAAAGAUUGGCAGGGAGUGGAAUCUUACCCGAGUUCUUUAUGUGAUUAGACCUAAGGUGGCAAAAAGUACUAAAAUUCACUUUGUUUCAUUGCACUGACUUAAGCAACAUUAAACAUUGGUGGGUGUCAGAGACCACAUUAAUAAUAUUAUUUACCAGUAGAUUGAACCAAAGUAGUGUAUAUAUCGACAUGCACACAUGGUUGCCAGAAUUGGGGCACAGUGGGAGUUGAUGUGAGGCUGCCAAAUGUAUUGGCCUUGUCCUGCCUCAGGAAGGUGAUUCUCCCAAGUGAGAGUAUGCACAGAAUUGCAGCCAAGCGGCCCAAAUAUCAUGUGGAACUAAAUGGACUUAAGUCUACUAGUUUGGGGUUGGUUUUUUUGGGAUGGGUUUAGACAUGUUCAACUCUGCGUAGGAUUGGUCUGUUAAGGUGAUAAAUCAGAGGUGAGGAAUCUGUUAGCCUCCAGAUAUUGCUGGGCUCAAACUCCCAUUGGCUAUAGCCGGCAUGUUCAGAAGUUUGUAGCCAUACCCAGAGGGCCACAGUUUUGCCCAUCCUUGUUACAAACAGAUUGCAGCAUAAUAAUUGUAGGUUGCUUGCACUACCCUUUCUUUUAACAAUUGGGAUGUAGGAGGGUUUUUUUUUAAUACUUGAGUACAGUGGUACCUUGGGUUAAGAACUUAAUUCAUUCUGGAGGUCUGUUCUUAACAUGAAACUGUUCUUAACCUGAAGCACCACUUUAGCUAAUGGGGCCUCCUGCUGCCGCCGCACGAUUUCUGUUCUCAUCCUGAAGCAAAGUUCUUAACACGAGGUAAUAUUUCUGGGUUAGCGGAGUCUGUAACCUGAAGCGUAUGUAACCCAAGGUACCGCUGUAACUAGAAUUUCCCCCAAAAAUAUUGGGUGUGCCUCAUAAAACUGUUUCUGAUCACUGACUGCUUUAAGAACAUAUUGUUCCUGAUAAUGUUAAGCUCAGGGUGUCCUGAAAUAUAGCAGAUUACUUGAACUGCAGCACUAUCAGCUGACAGUAUGAUAUAACAUGUCUAGUUUUCAUUUCCUGCAAUCCUUAACUUGUGUUAUUAGACUCUCUUGUAAAUGUAGUUGAAACGAGAAUCAGAUGAAAGGUCUGUUUUUUCUAAAGAUCCAGUUGGUAGCUCCUGCCACUCUUCUGCAUGAGGGGAUCCUAAAAUAAGCACAUGACCUGUUCAGAUGUUUGUCUGGAAAUUGUUUUUAGAAUUGGACACUGAUAUAAUAGGGCCAGCUUUUCCAUGAAGAGAUAGCCUUUCAUUUCGGUGUGGUUUUCGACUUCGAAUGUUGUAUAAUGUAAUGUACCAUCCCCAAAAUCCUUGGCUCAAAUGCUGCUCAAAGACUGCUGGGAGAAAAGUUAUGUUUCUACUUUCAUGUUUACAGAAGGUCACUUCCUGCUCUAUUCAAAACCUUAAAAACAAGUUUGCUGGUUCAUAUGUUUCAUCUGAGGCUGGGACAAAACUAUCCUAUCCGCCCCCCCCCCCCCCGAAGACCUCAAAUACACCCUAUUCUUAAACUGCCUUUAAAUAAAAGAGAAAACCAUCCUUUGUGAUGUGGUUUGACAUUGGCACAAAAAGGCUAUUUUCCAAAAUCUCUUCCUUUGUUUUACAAAACGAUGCAGAGUGAACAAACUUGUAUUUAAUACAGUGGUACCUUGGAUUAAGAACUUAAUUUGUUCUGGAGGUCCGAUCUUAACCUCAAACUGUUCUUAACCUGAGGUACCACUUUAUCUAAUGGGGCCUCCUGCUGCCACAGCUGUGCUAUUUCUGUUCUCAUCCUGAAGCAAAGUUCUUAACCUGAGGUACUAUUUCUGGGUUAGUGGAGUCUGUAACCUGAAGCGUCUGUAACCUGAAGUACCACUGUAGUCAUAACACUGAGGAUGACACCAGAAGGACAAGGUCGCUUCUUUUCCCUAAAGUGACCAGGGCUGGGCUGCAAUCGUAUACCCAUAUACCUGGGAGUAACCCCCACUUACUGUAAUAGGACUUACUUCUGAGUAGAUGUGUGUAGGCUUGUUAGAAUAAUAAUGUUUUGUAUUUUUAUACAGCAGAUUCUAGUAGGGCCAGUUAUUUGAUUUGACACAGGCCUGAUGUGGAGAAGGGCAGCAUUUUGUGAUUUGUAGAGUGUAUACAGAUAAGGUUUUUGCAGUAUUGUUGAUAUUCUGUUUUCUGAUUCUUCUCUUCUCUAGGAACUUCAUAUCUAACAGACAUAGUCUGGUGGUCGGGCACCAUUGCAAGUAAGUAUACUAACUAAUAAAACCUAUUCUUAUGCGCUAGAGCAGGGAAAAGGUGUUGUGGUGGUUAAUUUGUUACCCACCCUUCAGCCUAAGGUCCCAGGAAAGGUUACAACAAUUUGAAAUACAACACUAAAAAUAAUUUUAAGAAUAGAUAUCACAUUUCUCAAAGGCUAAAGAAGCACAUCUUCAGCAUUUUCUGAAAACAAUAUAAGGAUACCCCUCUGUGGGGAGCUAGUUCCACAGCAUAUGGGCCUCUACAAAUUACUCCUUCUCCCAGCCCCACUCUGAGCUUCUGAGGGCAGGGGAACUACAAGAGGGUCCUCUCUGCUGAUCUUAAGACCCAAGAGGGUCUGUAGGGAAGGAGGCGGUUUUUCAGAUGUUUGGGGCCUGAGUCAUUUAGGCUUUAAACACUAUCGUGAGCGCCUUCAGUUUGAUCCAGAAAUGGACCAGCAACCAAUGCUGGUGGAAUAGAUACCAUAUCAUCCUGUACAUUCUUAGUCCAGUGUAUCUGGAGAGUUCUGCUGAUGUUAUCUGCCAUGCAGGUGCCUUAUGUUGCAGUCUGCUGGCACGGCAGACCUUCCACCAAUUCCUGUGGUCCCUCUCUGCAGUGCUGAGAGUGUUCUGUAAAAGAGUGAACUUAACCUACUUGUAUCUUGUCUUGUUUUAAAGGUGCUGUAUUUGUGCUAAAUACAAAAGCAUGGAACUCGUAGCUAGACUGAUGUUUUUCCCCUCCUAUUCUGUUACUAUUUGCUCCUUACUUGAAGGUUUUGAAUAACAUGUCUUAUAAAUGGGCACUUUGAUUAGCUUGUUGCACAUUUUUGAUUCUUUCUUUUUUUAAUGAAGCCUAUUGCGUUACCCCACAGGGAGUCUUUUAAGCAUCAAAGGUUUUGUAUUUUUAAAAACUUCUGCUGUUUGUAGCAUAACUGAAAACGUUAACCCCUCUGACCUUUAUUAGAAUGCUCAAAUUUUAAUCAUCGUCACCUUCUAUAUUAAUAAGGUAAUAAUAAUAUUUUGCCAAAUAUAGAGCAGUUAUCCAGGACUGUUGAGGCCACUUCUGUGGUUUUAGAGAUAUAAAAAAAAAUCCACUUUUUGCUGUCCUCUGUCAGCAGAAAAUCCUCAACAACUCAGUUUGAGGUAGCUGAAAGCGAAUCGUGUCACACAUGAGAAAUUUAUUUAUUUACAUAUUCACUAUGUUUAAUAUCUUGUCUUUCCUCCAGUCACCUCUAGGUGGCACACAUGGUUGUCCACCUUCAUUGUAUUCUCACAAAGCACUGUGAAGUAGGUUAGACUGAGAGAUGGUGGCUGGCCCAAGGUCUGUAGAAUGAUGAGGUCAGGUAAGCAGAGACACGGGGACUGACCCAGGGUCACCCAGUGGGGAUUUGAACCCUGGUCUCCUAGGUUCUAGUCCAACAUCCUAACCACUACACCACACUGCCUCACAAUUCAUACCCCCUAGUUUAACAUAACUGAUUUCUCCACCAAGUUUGUCAGUGCAAACAUGGCCAGGCAAAAACAAACAAUCCAACAAACCAGAGGUAGGUGUGUUCAGAUAUCUGCUAUAGGAUUUCUGGUUAAUUAUUACUACUAUCAUUAUUACAUUAGUUGAAGAACAAUACUGGCUCAAUCCAUUGCAACACUACAGUGCCAGUAAAUACAAAGUUCAGCAACAAUAGUAAGCCUUGCUGUUAGAACUGAUUCACACAAACCCUUUCAGCUGCUUCCCCUCCCUCCCCUCAAAAAAUUGGUGCACCUGCUAUUAAAGAAAGAAAGCUCAGAAGCAUUUGUGUGAGUCAGCCUUCGGGCAUGAGAUAUGAAGGAAAAGCAAGCCCUGAGAAUUAAGGUGGGACGCCGAUAACGGUUAGAAGCACGAAUACCUUAUAUAAGUGACAUUCAUAGUCAGUCAGGCUAGAAAAUGAUUGGCAUAGUUGACUGCUAAUGUUAGGAUUAGAUAAUACGUUUUGAAUUAUUCCACCUCAGUGGUUUUCCAUAGGACACACCUUGCAGACUCAUCACCAUUUUUUUUUCUUUAGAAGGUUUUGAUUUUGCCGUUGCCACUUUUAGGAAAGAGACUUGGCAUUGCAGUUUCCAACCCCUAGAGAGCAUCAGCCAGCUUUUGUUGUCGGGAGACAACAAGACUGUCUACAAGGAAAGGGAAUUCAAGGCUUCUUAGACAUGAGUUGCCAGUAAGAGGGGAGAUGUUGCACUCUCCUAGAAGGCUAUCUCCCUUGAUAACUGUAGUCAUAUUCCUGCUUUCCAGACCUGUUUCCACUCCUGGUGGUGAGAGUGAAAGAGAAGAGGUUGAGAAGGAAGUCCCUUCUACAGAAUGGUCCAGUACCACUCAUUGUCCAGAAUUGUUUAUCUAACAGGCAUUGUUUCUAAGAUACCACCGAGCAUUUGCAUCUCCCCCCACCCCUCUUACACUUCCGGCCCAAUCGCCUUCUAAAUCCGGCCUGCGGACGAUCCAGGAAUCUGUGUGUUUUUACAUGAGUAGAAUGUGUCCUUUUAUUUAAAAUGCAUCUCUGGGUUAUUUGUGAGGCCUGCCUGGUGUUUUUACAUGAGCAGAAUGUGUGCUUUUAUUUAAAAUGCACCUCUGGGUUAUUUGUGGGGCAUAGGAAUUUGUUCAUUCCCCCACCCCAAAAAAAUAGUCUGGCCCCCCACAAGGUAUGAGGGACAGUGGACCAGCCCCCUGCUGAAAAAGUUUGCUGACCCUAUGGUAUUAGCUCCAGGGAAAGCCUGCAAUCAGGGUGAAAACAGCCCACCAGACACAUCUGUCAACCUACCAGGAGCUCAAUUACCCUGUGUUUUUCUGACAACUCAUGAUUGCAAAAACAGAGGUAUCGUUUUUUUCAGCAUCUGGAAAUCCACAGAUGUUUCAUGACCGAUGAACAGCAUUCGGCUUGCUCAUCCACAAGCUGUGUAAGCCUACUCCAGAGAAACACCACAGUGUGUCUAGGGACCUGCAUGAAGUGUACACGUUGAACCUUACUUGGAGGCAUCUGCUGCCACUGCCUCUUCCCUCAGGCAGAUUUUUAUAAUUUUUAAAAAUGCAUGGAGGCAAGGAAUACAUAAACAACCCCUAAUCUCUAAUGGUUCCCAGAACCCAUUGCCUGAAGCUACCACCUCACCUUACUUCCUUGCAAUACCACACCUGUAAGUCAGGCCCCAGCUUGUGAAUAUUUAAUCCCGUCACUGCUCAAUGAAGGUUCAGCAGACCUCAUUUUUUUUUUUAGAUCUGGAGAUGUUUCAGAGAUGUCAAAAGUGAGAUGAUUUAGGUACAGAGAAAUACCGGACUGCUCCCACUUUCAUUCUCUUUCUUUCUGCUCCUGCAACCAUUCUCUCUGUACCUAAAAUCAACUUGACAUAGAAAACACUAGGCCAACACUUUCCCCCCCCCAACAGAUCGGGUUGGAGUAUAUGGGUCUUUAUUCAUAUGUACAUAAUAAUAUACAUGUAAGAGCUUAGUGGGAGACCAGACUGUCUGCAAGCAUAUCCUCACAUAUAAAUAUGAAAUGUGGUUGAUAUGUUUUGCUGAGCACAUGCAUAAUGUUGCUGUUGUCAUAAGACCCAGCCUCUCAUGGAGAUCUUCCUUUUGUGUCAAAAUGUGCCUUCCUCACCAUGUCUUUCCUUCACAAGAACAGACUAAAUAGUCUUGGUAUGCAAGCUAUGCAGAUGUUGUGUCCUUUUCUGUAGCCUAAACAUUGGAGUUAUUAUAGUAGAUUCCUAGCAUCCUAACAUCUGGUUAUUUUCUUGGCAUUCAUUUGUCUACCUGUUUGCUUUCCUUUGUUUCUCCUGUAUAUACCCUUGCCUUAAUUAAGAACAUGCCCCAGUUUUGCCUCAUGUUUCAAAUGUCCUAGCCUAAGCACAUGUACGGAAGCACCUUAACAUUUAGCUGUGUGCUUCCGAAAGUUGAGUUUUUUUGAUGGGGGAAUUGGCCCCAGUACAUCCUUAACUUCCCUACGGCUAAAUUAUAGUAAGGUAGUUAUUAUUAUUAUUAUUAUUAUUAUUAUUAUUAUUAUUAUUAUUUACUUAUACCCCACCUAUCUGGCUGGGUUUCCCUAGGCACUCUGGGCAGCUUCCAACAAGAGAUUAAAAAUACAUUAAAGCAUCAGUCAUUUUAAAAAAAAAACUGCCUUCAGAAAUAAUAAUAAUAGUUCCUUAAUAUAAAAUGUAGCUAGCAUGUUCCUGUUCCUGUGCUUGUUAAUUAAAAGUCCUCCCACACUGGAUCUGAAUUUCUGAAGCAUGAUUGGGCUGUGAUUAUUUUUGCCAGCUGGUAGUUAUUCUUAUUGCAAAUGUAUGUGUUUAUUUGUUUCAAUUAUAUCCCACCGUUCCUCCAAAGAAAGGCAGCAUACAUUUCAGGUUGGAGAGGCUGAAAGAGAUUGACUGGUCUGAGGGCAUCCAGUGAGUUUCAUUGCUUUGUGAUGAUAGAGACAUGGGUUUUCCUAGUCUGAUGCCCUAAGGCAGCCCUGUUCAGGGAAGUUUUUAAACACACAAUGUUUUAUUGUGUUUUUAAUAUUUUGUUGGGAGCUGCCCAGAGUGGCUAGAGCAACCCAGUCAGAUGGGCAGCAUAUUAUUAUCAUUAUUAGCAACUACCCCAUACUAAGUUUCAGAAUGUUAAGAUCUGUAGGGUUUUUUUAAGUGAAUAGCUGGAAAAUUCUGAUUUUUACUCAGCAGCACAAUCCCGCUGAACCUAGUCCUGCUGAGUUCAAUGAAGCUUACUUUCAUGUAAACGGAUAUAGGAUUGCAGCAUGAAUCGAUGUUUCCCAAAAGGCAGAACAGUAAAGUGUAACAUUAUCAUUGAUCAGAAUUCUGACGUAAGCAGCAGCCUGUUUCGUUUUGCCAAUGACACAUUUGCAUUUCUUUUCCAUAGUGGCCCUUGGCCAAAUCGGGAAUUUCUUAGCCUACACUGCAGUUCCUACUGUUCUGGUGACUCCUCUUGGAGCGCUUGGAGUUCCAUUUGGGUAAGGAUUUUGUUUAUUUUGAAGUUUAUACAGAUAUAAAUGCCUGUAUAUAGAGUUCAUAUCUGAAUACCAGCAAGAAAUGACAAUGAAUCGGGUACUGGCAGCAGUUCAGUACGGUGCGCCAUGUCUAUUCUACUAAUUCAGGCUUUGCCAGCCUUCAGAUGUUUUGAAUUACAACUCCACUCAACUGGAAAAAAAGAGAAAGAAAUUAGAAGUCCUGUUGUGCAAGCAGAAUUCCCUUGCUCAAGCAGGCACAGGUGAAAUGCGUAAAGGAUGAAAUUUGUUGGUCUUCAGUCCCGUUUUAACUCUCCAGACUUACCCAAAGAAAAUGAGGCACAUGGGGCACAAUCUUGCCAAACAUAAUCACUUUUUAAAAUGGCUUUGAUUUCAAUGAGUGAGAGUUCAUUCACAAUGAGUGAAAGUGCCGAGACUCAAAUGUGCUGCUUUUAAUCUGGAUCACGUGUUCUAUCCAUCGUCAAAGAUCCAACAUAGAAUGACUAGACACAGGGCUUUUUUUCAGCCAGAACUUAGUUCCAGCACCUCUCAGGUGGGUGCCAUUGCCAUUCUAAGAGGGAGGUGAGCUCCAGGACCAAUUUUCCAGAAAAAUAGCACUGACUAGACAUAUACUCACAUGAUAAGCUUCUCCUUUCUCUUCUUUCCCCCCGCAGUCUCCAUGCACCUCAAAAAUCUGCUCAAGGGUUGAGGGACUGUCCAGAGCAGAUUUUGAGGAAGAGCAGAUUUUGAGGACACACAGUGAAAUGGAGAAGGGAAAAGAGAAAUGAGAAGUUACAUUGCCCAAACAGAUUGACAGUGCUGAUCUCUUAUGUCCUUGCCUUAUCACUGAGGUAUUUGGGGCAGUCCUUGUUAGUGACCCCGUAUGGCUCAGAUGCAUGGCUCACAUCCACCAGGAGCUGUGGUUAGUAUUGUGUGCCAAUUUUUAUGGAAAUCCCUUUCAGUUGAGAUCAAAAGAUCCCCCUCCGUGUCGAAUAUCUGAUGCCUACUAAGGACAUUUUUAUUCCAUUUUAACCGAAUUCUGAUUUUAUGGUUUUGACUAAUUUUUUUAGUUUUACUCUAUUGAGCUUCAGUACUCCACUUAAAGCUGAUUGUAAUUAAAUGGUAUAUAAAUUGUCAGCAUAAAUAAUUGAGUGCUGCCAAAUAUUUUUAGAGGCUUUGGCAAAAGGUGAUAUCGGUUGAUUCAAUAUAUGUUAUUUGGGUUAUUCAUCGGCUUGAGAGUCUCUUAUUGUUUUCCUUUUUAAAAAAUAAAUAAUGGUUUACCCUCUGGAACUGAGUGAAGGAAAUAUACAUACCGUAAAUGCAUUUUCCAGGGAAGACUCCAUAAAAUGAUGUUUUGUGGUCAUCCAAAAGUGUGACAGGGAAGUGUCUUCUUCCCAUUUUGUCCUCCCACCUGCCAAACCAAGGUCAAAUGUUAAAACUGAUCCCUUAUCUCCACAUUCAGAGACAGAUAAACCACUUUGAACAAGCAAAUCCUUCUGGCCUUGCCAAAAAAAGGUGGAGGAUAAAGGGUAAUGACUUACCUUAGAAUUAAAUUAACAGUAUUGAAAGUUUGAAUAAAAUGUUCUUUUUCUUUGGUUCUCUUCUUUGAAAGAUCCAUUUUAGCUUCCUACUUACUGAAAGAAAAACUCAACAUUCUUGGCAAACUGGGUUGUCUGCUGAGCUGUGCAGGUUCUGUUGUUCUCAUAAUCCAUUCUCCGAAGUCUGAAAGUGUCACCACACAGGCCGAGCUUGAAGAGAAGCUCACAAAUCCAGGUAUUUAAUUCCUUGGGAUAAUCACAUUGCCAACUCAGUCUUGAGUCUCGGUAACUGUGUCAGUUUCACAGAACAAAAAAACACAGUGUAAGUUGGUCCAACAUGAGGUAUUGCCUCAUUUGCACUUGUUGCCAAGCAGUUUUGCAUUGUGAAAAAGAUGUUGUAUCUUCAUGUAAUGUAAUGACUGCAGUUGAAUUGCUCCACAAUCCUAAACAGGUUUACUCAGAAGCAAGUUGCAUUGAAUUCAGCUAGUUGUUUCUUGGUAAGAGAACAUUUGUGGCUCUGACUGCAGGAAAACACUGGAAGCAUAAUAAGACAAGCCAGUUUGCUUUUUUUGAUAGGAACUGUUUAUCUGCUUAAGUUCUUGGUAUGCUUCAGUGCAUUAUUAAAGGAGAAAUUAGCUGCAGCCCUGCAGAAUUGAAGUCACUGGAAUUUAACCAACCUAAUUACACAAGACUGUAGCAACUAUCAAUGUAUUAGUUUUUAAAAAACAAACCAACGGUUUUUGAUUAGAAGGCUGUGCAUUAAAGUAAUAGGCAAUUAUUUUAGGUAUAAGUACUUAGGGAUGUAUUCCUUUUGGGAAAUUUGAUCUGCUUUAUAUACUCUUAAUACAAGCUUUUAACCCAAGAAAUAGGUGACAGAACAGAAGAAAAUAUACACUAUCAUCUAUAUCCCUUCAAAGCUGAUUCCAGUUUUCUGUUCUGACUACGAGUAUAUGGCAUAGGCACAUUGUAAACAUGAAAAAAGUCCUUUGUAAAAUUGCCUUUAUGUAGAAAUUUACCAUGCUGCCAUUCUGUUUUUUUGUUUUUCAGUGUUCGUGGGUUACCUCUGCAUUGUCCUUCUCAUGCUCCUCCUGCUUAUCUUUUGGAUUGCACCUGCUCACGGACCCACCAAUAUUAUGGUUUACAUCAGCAUUUGCUCAUUGCUAGGAAGCUUCACAGUGCCCAGUACAAAAGGCAUUGGACUAGCUGCUCAAGAUAUCUUUCACAAUAACCCAUCGAGCCAAAGAGCACUGUACCUCUGUUUGGUCCUGCUGGCAGUAUUAGGAUGUAGCAUCAUAAUUCAGUUCAGGUACAUCAAUAAGGCUCUGGAAUGUUUCGAUUCCUCGGUGUUUGGUGCCAUCUACUAUGUAGUGUUCACCACUCUGGUCUUGCUGGCCUCAGCCAUCCUGUUCAGAGAGUGGAGUAAUGUUGGAGUGGUGGAUUUCUUGGGGAUGGCUUGUGGAUUCACCACUGUAUCUAUUGGAAUUGUUCUCAUACAAGUCUUCAAGGAGUUCAAUUUCAGUAUUGGGGAUUUAAAUAAGCCCAAUACGAAGACUGAUUAAUACCAUGAUAUCAAAAGGGACUGGAUGACCCAGAAAAUAAUAAAAGCCUUUCCACUUCUAGGCUAUGGGAAUGACAGAGACUUUGAUUUCUAAGCCCAGAGAACAACAGAGCCUUUCAUUCCUUGUUGGAAUAUGUGAAAUGAAUUGGUGUUCUCAAUCCAGUUUCUCUAAGACUAACUGUUACCAUGCUUCAACUAUCUAAAUGGUAUUAAAAUGGAAUACUCUUAUACCCCUCACAGCAGGCGGGUAAGAACUGCAUCAGUGCAAAAGCUGAUGUAUUUCUUCACGCUAGAAAGGUGAUGUAUACAGUGAAGGUAGAAGUGUUCUAGAAGUUUUCAAAAUGUCUUCCUGAAACAUGGUUGUGAAUAAAUUAAAUCCAGCUUCUGUGCUCCAUUGGGCAGGUGUAAUGAAUGAUAAGCUGUCCCUUUGAAAAAUGUAGAUACACUUCAGAAAUUUAGAUUGGAUUCCCUCCCCCACACCCCCAAUAUCUCUUUCGUUAGGUCACAAAAUUCAUUCUUCUCACAGCUUUAAUUGAGGGUUCUUUAUAUCCAUGUUUCAGAAUCUGCACACUGGUAAAUUUCCUUCCCUCACUGACUUUCUCUGUAAUCUGAAAUGGCGCUGAAGAGCUCAUAAUUAAGUCCAAGAAACAGAGCAGUGUGUUUGUCUCUCAAAAUAUUUUCUUACCAGGACAUAGUUGCUCACACUUAAGUAAAUACAGCAGUCAGUUUACAGAUACGCCUUUUUGUUCACAGUAAGCAUUUGAAGUGCAUUAACACAUUACAUGAAUUCAGGAGCUUUUAAUAAUCAACAGACAAGAAUGUGAGGAUCAUGGCAGAUUGUAACCACUUUUCAAUUUUUUUAUUUUUAUUUUUUGGUCAUUUGUAAAUAGUUGGAAAGUACUUCAGUGCCUUUUGCAUUCUAAAAAAAGACCACAUAAUUUGAAUGAAGGUGUGUCUUGAAAAACUCCAUGGGGCAGUUCAUUUCCCCCUAUCAUUUGGCAGUCUUCAUUGCUUACAAACAUGCAAAGUGGUCAGAAACGGCAGCAUAAUUUCAUAUAUACUUUAGAGUCUGAAUUUAUAACUGAGGUGACUGUGUGGUAACUUCCAUGCACCUCCUGUUGUGUGUGAGUUCUGAAGAGAGGUGUUCUAAAAUUGCCCAUUCACAGCCUUCCAGUUUUUUUUCUAACCAAGUAAACUACUUCAUAACACAGGUUAUGAAGUCAGGUUUUGAACUGGCACUUUUGAGGGCAAAAAGAAGGUUGUGGUUAAGUGAUUCUGUAAGAGGAAAGGAAAAUGUUCAAUUCCAGUCAAGGAAAGGUUAGGCCAUUAGCCUAAGUAACUCUUCAGUCAUUCAUCCACAAGGCAGGGCCUGGAUAUUGCUGGAAAACAGUUCAGAUUUGCUUGAGACACACAGCUCUCUCAUUUUAGCAAAACGACCAGCUAAUUUGGUAUACCUGAUUCAGAUAUUAAGAAUUCACUUUGCUAUAUGCACCUUCAGAUUUCAUUUUAACAGCUUCAGGGUAUUUGAAUAUAUAUUAGUAAUUAAUUUUAACGUAUUUGACAUCAGCCAUAGAAAUAUAUUUUUCCUAUCAGUUCCAAAGAUACAUAACAUAGGUAUUGGAGUAUUGAUCCAAAUAUGCACACCUUUUCCUAAGUAUGCAUUACUUUUAAAAUUCUGUGAACUUGGAAGUUCAGUUUUUGUAUUCACAAAGCAAAUAAGGAAUCGAUGAAUUCAGAUUCCAGCUUCAACCUCAUUAAAAGCCACUCCUGUCCUGGCAAUAAUGUUACUUACCCUGCCGGGUGAAAGAUAAACAACAAAGUUAAACAACUGCAACAUAGAGAGUUAUCAGUUUUCUACAUUCACACAAAUAAUCAGUGCAGUUCUGCAAUACUUGUAAGGUUUGUCUGGAAAAUUAAAAAUGGGAUGUCAGUUUCUAAAUUGAAUUUGAUAAAAUAAAAGGGCAUUUCUCAUGUCGCCUGAGAGUUUAUACAAGAGAUGUAUACUGUUAAUGUUUGGAUUACCCAUAGGUAUCUUUUACCGUGUCUACACAUGUUGGAGUAGAUAAAUAUAAGUCACUUUAAAUGUGAUGAUGGUCACCAGUCGUGACUUGUGAAAAGACACUUAAUCAAGGGUCCAUAAAUGUUGUGUUGUCUUGUACGGUGGUAAUCACCAAAAUCCUUCCCAAAAUCUCCUGACAUGAACAGAAGGCUUGGGAAAGAAGCAAGAUCUUCUCCUAUUUUUGUAAGAUAUGGAGAAAGUAAGAAACAUUGGGAUUCUCCCCCAGUGCUUGGAAUGGAAUCCUGAUGUUUCUUAUCUGCUUCAGAAGUGCAAUUGGGGUCUUAUCGGCACACCAUGUGUCCUGCUCACCAGAGGACACUUGUCUGAGAAAGGUGGAUUUAUGGAUGACUGCCCUUAAUCAGUAUUCAUAAAGUUUAGGUAUUAGUUUUGUGUGGAAGCUUGCUGUUUGUGAUGGUAAGUUUCUGGAGGGAAUCAUUCCAAGGCACUGUAUUUUUUAAACAUGUUGUGCUUGACAUUUCAAGUUUUUAAAAGAAAAUCGCUGAGAUGUGGUAAUUCUUUUCUUGUUUUUUUUUAAAGAUAUAUAUCCAGAGAUUAAAUCACAGUUGUUGGGGUUUUUUUCCAGGCCUUUGACUUAUGAUGACCUCAGUUUAGUUUUCCUUAAUGUAGGUAGGCACACGGCUAGGAGUGUUAUCUCAGUCUAGAAAUUAGAGCAAACGCUCGUGUGCAUUAUUGUUCUCUACGAAAAAGUGCCUAACCAAGUAUGCUGGUACUUAUGCACAUUUAAAAUCCUAUACAAAGGUAUUCUUGACUGAACGAGGCAUUGUCUGUCUAGGCCUGGGAUGGCUAAGGGGGGAAGAUUGACACUCUGUCUUCCCAAUAAUGUUUCAGGGGCAGAAAUCUAUUUUGCCACCCAAACAUACCCUGUCAGGCUCCAUAAUAAAGAUUAUGCCAUCUGGAAGGAAGCUCUUUACAAUUAUGGAGAGUGUAUGUUUGUGUGCUCAAGCAUAAUAAAGACAAAUAUAUAUAUAUGCUUAUGUAUAACAUACAUGCUGCAGACAAAUCCGAGACAGAUGUAGCGUUAAAGUAUGGUAUUUCUCUCAUUCUUGCAACUUAAAUUUUUUUUGCUUUCCUUAAGAGUGUACAUAUACUUGAUUUACCACCCCUUGAUUUUAAAAGGGAAGGGCUGACAGGUAAAAAAGACCAUGGAGCCUGCCAGCUGGCCAUCCCUUGUCUGGGCAGUAGAGCAUGGCAAGUCCAUCUGAGGCCAUUUGUGGUGCUGUCACCUUUCUGCAAUGCACCCACUCUCUGCUUGUGACACUUUUUGAACUGACUUAUGUAGGUUGAUUUCUGAUAUAUGGGCUUUGUUUUUAGGUGCACUGACUAGCAGAAAUUGAAUAACGUUCUGACAUAUUUUUAGCGGCCUUGCACAUAAUUUGUAUCUUGGCAUUUGACAUUUUGAAUGGCAAAUAGAUGCAUUUAUUUUUGUUACUCUGUUCAGCUGAUAGAUUUCCCUUCCGUUAUUUUUGUUUGUUUGUUUUUUGUUACCCUGUGUGAAGGUCAGUUUUCCUGAAUUCCGGGUGUAAAAUAAUCAACAGUUAUAGUAAUGCUAGUAACAAUACUUUCCUUCCUGAUCUUCCUCUGCUGUUACUACUUUGGUUGUUUGUGUGUUUUAAGUUCCUUACAGUAUUGAUGGGUGUCCCAUACUGGGAAAUAAAUAUGCAGUUAUCUCCUCAAUUUCAGUCUUCCUCAAACUUUGACAUGCACUUUCUAGGUUGUUGCCUAGUUUGUACACAUUGAUUGUACAGGAACCUAGGCACUUAAAACAUUUUCAUUAGCUUGGGCUCUAAUUAUUUUCAGUGGACCAUAUAUUCAUGGAAGGGCAAUGUGCUGUAGUUGAGCAUGCUCUAAAGGCAUUUCAUAGCAUAUUUAUGAAGUAUGAUGAUGUACAGAAGACACUUAAUUCUGUUGAGAAACAUGAUGUAGGAUUUACAUAUUUAUCCCCUGCUUUAUUGACUUGAAGUCUAAUAGUAAUAAACCUUUCUGAUGAAGCCAAAAAACAUUUUUGUAAUAUCCUAAAUACAACACAAUAUUAUAUGUGUGUUUUUUAAAAGCAAACCAAGGUUGCAACUCACAACCUGCUUACACAGGAAUACUUUUUUUGUAGACUUUGGGCACAAUCCACUAACAAAUACUUAGAAACUCAAUAUAGCAACCCCAGAAAUACUUAGAACAAAGGCUGUAAUUCUUACUUGGACUAGGGAGCAAGCAUCAUUAAAGAAUGUGGGACUUAGUUCUGAAUAAAUAUGAAGUGCUCUUUAAUUGGCUUUUAAGUUUCUACCGACAGAAAUUAUUUCUCCUAAUAACUAUUUCAAAAUGUGUGUGAGUGUAAGAUUGUGUGUAUGUGAGAGAAAGAUUCAUAUUUAUUAAUCCAGUGUUUUUUUCUGGGUGUAUGCCGGGGUAUGCAUACCCCUAAACAUUUUGUGAAUCUAAGUUUGGCCUCAUUGGGCGGUAGUAUUUCAAUGAGUAGGAAAAUGAGAGUACCCCUAAACAUUUUUUAAGAAAGAAAAAAAAAGCACUGUGUUAAUCUAUAUGAAUAUGUUCAGUUCAUUUAUAUGAAACUAUCUUAGUAAUAAACUUGGUUUAUGUUGAAUGUAGUGAUACUGAAAAAAACUAGCUACAAAGUCAAAUACACUGAAUUUUGAAAUGGAAGCUGUGAUUCCAUUUUAUUAAGAUUAAAUAAAGAGGGCCUAUAAACUGUACUGAAAGUUGGACUGUACUUGCAUGAUGGACCACUCGCACUUUCUAAUAUAAAUGGAGGAUUUUAAAGAUUUCAGAGCUCUUUGAACACGCAGUUGGCAUAUAGGUUUGCACUUGGGGGGGGGGGACUUCUUACAUAGAGCCACACCAAGAGGUGUGGGGUACCUGUAUUCCUCCAGAUGUUUCUGGACUACAACACACAACAAUACACUAGCUGGGGCUGAUGGGACCUGGAGUCCAGCAACAUUUGGAAGAGCCACAGGUUCCCCAUUCCUGACCUAGAGGUGAAAGUCUUCUGUUCUCUCUUGUAGUAGAAGUGGUGCUGGCUGGUUGGCGUCAAAUAAAAAUGCGGAUUCAAAUAAUGGAAAAGGGAGCAAACCUCAAAUGCUAUGGGCUUGAUUGCUUAAAUGCUUUUGUGUUGCAAUAUAGUUACUUCAGGCAGACUAAAGAGGACUAUUUUAUUAGCUUCCAAAACAAUGUGUAUAUAGAUUUGUUAAAUGCUCAAUAACCUUAGCUUUGCUUUAAAAAAAAAAAGUAGUUAUAGGCAUAUUGUAUUUGCCUUGUAAAUUAGCAAAGGCUAUUUAUUAAGGAUUCUGACAACAGACCUAUUUAUUAAUGUGUACUGUUUUAAAAUAAAAAAAAUUUCUAGUUCA